AUGAUACCCCCAUUACGCAUGGAGGCCAUGAUGCAACGUGGACGAAGUUGUGUACGCCAUGGGCGGCCGAUCCUCUUCAAUUAUCACCUCGCCAAUAUCGAUGAAGAUGGCAGACGACGUAUCGCCGAGCACGUCGUCGCUCUACAGAUGACAUUGGGACUGACACCCAAUACUAUCAACGACUUCCUCACCGAAGUCCGCGACAGCCAACGCGAACGACGCAUAGCCGCGGAACGAAAAAUCCAACUAGAUGGUUUCAAAGUCAGAGACAUCGGCGUGUUCCACCCAGACCUGGACGAAUCUUUCGGAUCCGGCGACAUCGUCACCGUGGGCCGAGACACCGCCUAUCGCAACGUCAACCUGUUCAUUGACGCAGUGCGUCGCGCCAAAACCAACGAGGCUCGCGAGACCGCGAUUGCAGCCCAUAUGCACGAACUCUAUCGCGCCUCGCCAGAACUCUGGGUGCAGUUGGGCUUCCCAACCUCUCACGUUACAGCCUCAACCAUUCCUGGCCACUUUGCAACACAAGCCACAAGCUUCAAACUCCUUGAAGAAACGGAAAUGCAGGCACUAAAUAAAACUAUACCCAGAGCAAUCGUCCCACACACCAAGAAAGCUAUCCAGCUAAAGCGAGAGAAGACUAGGAAACAGUGCAAGCGGCCAUGGUAG